UCGUGGCAGAUUAAAAUGUUGACACGUCGCCUAUAUGAACUAGCAACAUUGUGAGGUAGGUAGGUAGAUGUUGUAAGUUGUCGUUAGAACAUUUGACACCGUCGAUUACCAAGUUUUUUGAACGACGGACAUCUGUGAUGCCGGAACCUGCAUCGAUGAGCCAAAUGGUAGAGGAGGCACCAUCGACGGAACUAUCAAGACCCACCCCUCCAGGUGUGAAAUUGAGAGCUAGAGGGCAAAUGUGGUAUUUGCAUGACAUUAUGGAGCAAUUAUCUGUAUCAAAAUUUUGUAUCCUUCGGAAUUCAUGCUUCGCCAAGUUGUUUGAGAUUGGUGAGAUGCACUUCCAAGGUGAAUUGGUGAAUUUAUUAUGUAGGAGGCUACAUUCGAGUAGCUUGGAUAGGAAGACUUUGCUAUUCAAUUUUUCCGAUCAUCUAGUGGAGUUUGGACCUGCCGACUUUUGUGCUAUGACCGGUUUGAAGUUCGGUGGUAGUAGGAAACUUCCCAAAAACUCAAAAUUUCACGGUGAAGUGUUCUCAUGUAGAAACGAUAUGUUUUUUGCGGAUAUUGAAACGAAAUUUCGCAAUAAAUGUCUCACAACUGAAGGCAAUUCGGUUAGGAGUGUCAAGCUAGCCUAUCUGUUAAUUGUAUAUGGAUUGCUCGUAAUGAAUGACCCCAGUAAUGGGAAACUUGAUUUGGGCUACAUGCAUUUGGUUGAUAAUAUGGAUAAUUUUCAUGAUUUCCCUUGGGGUCUUGUGGCAUACGAGUAUCUUAUGGCUGCGACACAUCGUUUGAAGACAGAAAUGUUGGCAGCGGAGAAUGAGAAGUCAAAGAUUACAUUGGAAGUUUCAGGAUUUAUUUAUGUUUUACAAUGUUGGUGUUUUGAAGUAAUACCGACUCUUGGGACUUUUUGUGCGUCAUUGAAUCCACAUAACUUGAAGUCUUUUCCAAGAAUUUUGAGAUGGUGUGUGAGCCAAGAUGAAAAAACAUUUGAUGAUGGGUUGUGGAAGUUUUUUAUAGCGGAGCACGGUUGUGAUCCUGUUCGGCUGUUGCUAACGACUCGCGAAAUUGAUAUAUUGACUGGGCUGGGUGUGACCUCAUCAAUGCACGUUGCAUCUCCGACUCCUUUUGUUGACAUUUCGAAGCCGGUUGGGCGGAGGCUUAAUUUUGAAAGUGGUGAAACACAUGAACGGCAAGCGAGAAAGCGGGCAUAUAAGAGGAAGGUUACACCGACGUAUAGUUCUACAGCUCCCACUACACCUUCGAACUUAAAAGUGGGUGGUGACUGCUCUGUAACGGGGUGUACGAAGAAGAAGAAGAAGAAUGUAGUGUCAAAGUGCAAGAGUGCUCACACUGAUGGGUUUGAUACCCCAGAAUUCCCUUAUGUUGUUGCCGAUGCAAACAACAAUGAUAUAAUUUCUAUGUUCGUGACCUUGAAGGGUCAGUUAAAGUAUGUCGAAGAUUUCAUGCACAUGAAAUUAGCAUCUAUAGAAGUUCUGCUGGGUAAAUUGAUUGGCGGGGUUGGUGGUGCUUGUUUACACACGUCUACUAAUGACAGGUUCUUAGAUGUUGGGUGUGACCGGGAUGCUUACGGGUAUGGGAUGGAGUUUUUGCCAAAUGCAGGUGAUUUUGUGAAUGUUUCCCGGCAAGUCAAAAAGAAAGCAGCAGUCGGCGAAAAUAUUUCCAGAAACAACAAUGUUGGUCAAAAUUUUUGUGGUUCUGAUUAUGAUCCUAACGAUAGCGAUCUGUUAUCUGCAGAGCUGAUCCAGUUUGUUUCUUGGAUUCGCGGGGGUAACUAUACUAGCGGUGACAACCAGGUAUUAUUGCCAACAGACAUGUUAAAGUUUGCUGAUGCUCCGUGGUUUGAUGUGAUAUGGAGGCGCGACGGGUGGCUCGAUAACUCGCACAUUGAUGCACUAACCAACUUGCUAAUCAUGCGCUAUGACAAGGACGACAAGACAAGGAAACCCCGAAAGUGGACUUGCCUUGAGAUGUGUUGUUGGCAAGCAUUGCAAGAGCCCAACUUUGAUGAUUUUGCGCAUGUAGUCCUCCCUUAUGUAAUAGGGGAGCGGCCAUUACGUGGACCAGUGAAUUGGCUAGCUGCUACCAAUGUGUAUGGUGUCGCUAAUAUAAACAAAAAUCAUUGGGUUUUGUUUGAUGUGUCAUUAGAAGAGCAACUUAUUACCGUCUAUAACUCUUUGGAGCAAUCAUGGGUCUAUGUUGAAGCGCAUUUUGAUCACAUGAGAAAGAAUAUUCCGACUGUUUGUGCGAUGGCUGGUAUUGGGUACAGUCGCGCGGGUUCGAAGCUGCCGAUGGAAGAUUGUUGGCGAGUAGUCAAAUUCCCAAAGCCACCGAGACAGGUGAACAUGAGUGAUUGUGGGGUGAUGGUGAUGAAGUAUAUGGAAUGUCUUGCUUUUAAUGUUCCUAUUCAGAGAAUUAUCCCGGACCUUUGUUGGCUGCCCGUCGACGGUACUGCGCGAAGCUUUUCAAUCUUUCGUGCGAUCUGAAGCG